AUGGCGGCAGAAACGCAGCCUCUUCUGGGACGGGACCGAGGCGGUGGCCAGGCCCACUCUGACACUGCAGCUGAUCAGGAGCUCUGCAUAGACCAGGCUGUGGUCUUCAUUGAAGAUGCCAUAAAGUACCGCUCCAUCUACCACCGCAUGGAUGCUGGCUCAUUGUGGCUUUACCGCUGGUAUUACUCGUACAUCUGCCAACGAGUGCUGGGCUUCACCAUUUUUCUGAUCCUGGUCUUGGCCUUUGUGGAAGUCCCAUCUUCCUUCACAAGGACUGCGGAUGUGCGUUACCGCUCCCAGCCCUGGCAGCCGCCCUGUGGCCUGACGGAGACAAUCGAGGCGCUCUGCUUGCUGGUCUUCCUGGUUGACCUCUCUGUGAAGGGCUACCUGGUGGGGCAGGCCCAGUUGCAGCAGAACCUGUGGCUGCUGGCCUACUUUGUGGUACUGGUUGUGUCUGUGGUGGACUGGAUUGUUUCGCUGAGCUUCACUUGUGAGGAGCCUCUGCGAGUGCGCCGGCUGCUCCGCCCCUUCUUCUUGCUGCAGAAUUCUUCCAUGAUGAAGAAGACCCUGAAGUGUAUACGGUGGUCGCUACCAGAAAUGGCUAGUGUCGGGCUGCUGUUGACCAUCCACCUGUGUCUCUUCACCAUACUCGGGAUGCUGCUGUUCACCAUUGGUGAGAAGGAUGAAGCACUGGACAAGGAGAGGCUGGCCUACUUCCGGAACCUUCCAGAAGCACUGACCUCAUUCCUAGUGCUGCUGACUACUGCCAACAACCCUGAUGUGAUGAUCCCUGCGUAUACCCAGAACCGGGCCUGUGCUCUCUUCUUCAUAAUUUUCACCUUGAUAGGAAGCUUGUUUCUGAUGAACCUGCUGACGGCCAUCAUUUAUAAUCAGUUCCGUGGCUACCUAAUGAAAUCUCUACAGACCUCACUGUUCCGCCGGCGACUGGGGGCCCGUGCAGCCUAUGAAGUCCUCGCCUUUAGGUCAGGACCAUCUGGAGCCACCCCUGAGUUAGUUGGGGUAAAUCCUGAGAACUUCCUUCAAGUGCUUCAGAAAACCCAGCUGAACAAAAUCCACAAACAGGCCAUCAUGCAGAAGGUGCACUCCUAUGAAGGCCGACCGAUGCUGGCUGAUGAAUUCCAGAAACUCUUUGAUGAGGUUGACAAAGGUGUGGUCAAAGAGGUUUUCUUUGCAGCGCCCGCCGAAGCCUCAGUACCAGUCUCCAUGCCUGCAGACUGCCCAGUUCAUCUUCAGCCACCAGUACUUCAACUACCUGGGGAACCUUAUCGCUCUGGGAAACCUCUUGUCUAUUUGUGUGAGUUGGGGCUCACCCUGUGGUGCUGUGAGAGGCCUCCUGCACCCCCUCCUUCCAGCUUAGUGAAGGUGUUCCUGGUGCUGGACUCAGACCUGAUGCCCGGGGAACGUGAUGACUUUGUCCUGGGGAUCCUUGACUUGGUCUUCAUCUUGUACUACCUGCUGGAGCUGCUGUUGAAGGUGUUCGCGCUGGGCCUGCGGGGCUACCUGUCCUACCAUAGCAACGUAUUUGAUGGCCUCCUCACCGUCGCCUUGCUGGUUUUGGAGAUUUCUACCCUGGCUGUAUACCGAUUGCCACACUCAGGAUGGAAGCCCGAGCAGUACGGCUCACUGUCGCUGUGGGACAUGACACGGGUGCUGAACGCACUGAUUGUGCUUCGCUUCCUGCGCAUCAUUCCCAGCAUAAAGCCAAUGGCUAUGGUAGCCAGCACCAUCCUGGGCCUAAUCCAGAACUUGAGGGCAUUUGGCGGGAUCCUGGUGGUGGCAUACUAUGUGUUUGCCAUGAUUGGGAUCAACCUAUUUCGAGGUGUCAUUGUGCCUCCUGGAAACAGCAGCCUGGUUCCGGAUAACAACUCAGCUCCAUGUGGAAGCUUUGAGCAGCUGGGUUACUGGCCCAACAACUUUGACGACUUUGCUGCUGCUCUGAUCACACUUUGGAACGUGAUGGUGGUGAACAAUUGGCAGGUGAUCCUGGAAGCCUAUAAGCGCUACUCAGGCCCGUGGUCAAUGGUGUAUUUUGUGCUAUGGUGGCUGGUGUCCUCUGUCAUCUGGAUCAACCUGUUUCUAGCUCUGCUUCUGGAGAACUUUCUCCACAGAUGGGACCCUCAAGGUCAUAAGCAGCUCCUUGGUGGAACCAAGCAGACCACCUAUCAGAUGUCUGUGGAGCUCAUGUUCAGGGAUACCCUAGAAGAGCCCAAGGAGGAGGAGCUGAUGGAGAAGCUGCACAAGCACCCACACUUGCAUCUAUGCAGGUGACAUCAGAGUGGCUUUCUAGCCGGGGUGACAGGACAGAGAUGCUGUUCUGGGCCCAUGCUGUGGAGGUAGCAGCUGGUCGAGACUGAGCAAGAAAAGAUGGUGCCUGGGACAGACCACCCAGGGACAGACGGAGGCUGGGACAAGGACUUCUCCCCAGUGGCCGCUCAGCAGUAGCCGCCAUGCAGUCUCUGUAGCCUUGGCAGACCGGUGGUCGGCACGACAGGGCCACCUUCCUCCAUUUGCUGCUCUUUCAAGCUGCCUUGGUGAGACUUGGUAAGGAGAGAGCAUGAUUUCCGAGGACCCUCAAAGCCAGGAAGCGAGAAGGCCUCAGCUCCCCUUGUUACCCACAAGCUUAUCUGUGCCUUCAACUUUGGUGGCAUUUGUGAACCCAAGGCUGCACAGGACAGUAGCUGACAGGUUUCCAGGGCAUCGGGUUGGUGUCAGGUGUAGAGAAUGUCACCUCUUUGUUUCAGUGCCUAUGGAUGUGAUGGAUGUCAAUCAUUUUCUGUUUUAUAAAGAGUGAGAUUGUUCUUACUCUGA